CUCCACCCCAGUUACAAAGUCAAACUUCCCUUUCCUCAACUAUUUCAAGUAGAACGAGCACGCUGAAGAGUAAUCACUCAAUAGCUGGUAAUAGUCAGAGGCUUCCAAUUUUAUGUUUAACAUUUUUCUUUCCACGUGGUAUAUCUUUCAGAGCAAACGGAAAAGCAAAUGCAAGAAGAACUGAGACAGGUAUUAUCGAUAUUCCGCUCAAAGAAGAGUCACUACAAUGACAGUAUGAACCGUGAUCCCGUCUUGGAUCAUUAUUCUACUCCCAGAGAAGUACAGAACUGGUUGAUUGCCAAGGGCUUCUCAGAGAAAGUUUGCAAACAGCUAAGAGACAUGACCGGUUCGGACGUGUUCAAUUUGACUAAACGACAGUUAGAGCAACACUGCGAUGUUGGGGAAGGUAGUAAACUCUACAGUCAGAUUUCAUUAGCGCGAGUCGAAAGCGAGAAAAACAGACAGCGACCAUCCGAGUUGAAGCAAAUAUUAGCAAAAGCUCGGCACCGAGCGGAGGACUGAUGAAACAUUGACUAUUUAAUACUCCUAAAGCAUUAAAAGCCUAACUUAAGAAUUAUACAUAUGUUUAGAACGUAUGUAUAUGGUAAAAUGUAAUAUUAAAUUAGAUUUAUUACUGAGUGAUACUAAUGUUACCACUCUUGUAAAAUACUGUGAUGAACUUGUGAACUGUUAGUAAUACAACGUGUGCUACUUU